CCCUGUCGAUAGAACUGAUUUUCGUCGUCUCCCUCGUUCUCCGUGUUGUUGUUCAUCUCGGUGACGCGACAGAGGUGUAGCCUGACGCGGUCUCUUACGUGUCGGUCUGAAUAAAAGUGGAGCUCGGAGGACCCGGGAGUGACGAAGCGAGUCUGUGUCGGGUAAGCAUCCGAUGCGGAGAGGGGGAUAGAAGAAAGCCUUGGUGUGUUGGAGAAAUCGCUCCAAAUCUAACAAAGAGAUCAUGGCGGCGGUGUUGCAGAGCCACACGAUGUUGAGUCAGUCUACAAAGCUAGCCAGCCAGCUAUGUGAGAAUGGCUCUCCAGAGUUCUCCACCCACCAAUCCAGCCAACUAAAUGACCAUGGAAGCGGGAGCCGAUACACAGCAGGGUGGUGACACAGCUGUUUCUGAGUCUGAGGCCCAGCAGAUCACACUGGCCCAGGUGUCUAUGGCAGCAGGACAGGUUUCCUCCAGCGGCCCCACAGUCACCCUGGUGCAGCUACCCAACGGUCAGACGGUUCAGGUCCACGGGGUCAUCCAGGCCGCCCAGCCCUCAGUUAUCCAGUCGCCUCAAGUGCAGACUGUUCAGAUUUCGACAGUUGCAGAGGAUUCCCAGGACUCCCAGGAGUCGGUGGACAGUGUGACAGACUCUCAGAAGAGGAGGGAGAUUCUGUCCAGACGUCCUUCCUACAGGAAGAUCCUGAACGACCUGUCGUCUGACGUGUCUGCGGUCCCGCCAAUCGAGGAGGAGAAAUCGGAGGACGACUCGACCCCCGCCAUCACCACCGUUGCCAUGCCCACAUCAUGCCCCAUCUAUCAGACGGCCAGCGGCCAGUACAUCACCAUCACCCAGGGCGGCGCCAUCCAACUGGCCAAUAACGGUACGGAUGGCAUGCAGGGGAUGCAGACCCUGACCAUGACCAACGCGGCGGGCGCCCAGCAGGGCACCACCAUCCUGCAGUAUGCCCAGACCUCCGAUGGACAGCAAAUCCUGGUGCCCAGCAACCAAGUGGUAAUGCAAGCUGCCUCUGGAGAAGUGCAGACCUACCAGAUCCGUACGGCCAACACCAGCAGCAUGACUCCUGGGAUGGUGAUGGCCUCCUCUCCCGCCCUGUCCGGCCAGGAAGGCCCAGAGGUUGUAGUCACCCGUAAGAGGGAGGUCAGACUGAUGAAGAACAGGGAGGCGGCCCGGGAGUGUCGCCGGAAGAAGAAGGAGUACGUCAAGUGUCUGGAGAACCGUGUGGCCGUUCUGGAGAACCAAAACAAAACCCUCAUCGAGGAACUGAAGUCACUUAAAGACUUGUACUGCCACAAAUCAGAGUAGUGUCCCCCCCCCACCCCCAUGUACAGAGACUCACCACAGAGCCAUGCAUCUGGCAGCACCCUCCCCCCAUUUCUAUCUUUUUCUUUUUAAAAAGCUCUACCAGUCUAUAGGACCUAGGAUAACCUCAUGAGUACCCCUAAAAAGGAUGGCCUCAUAGGUACCCCUUAAAAGGAUGACAUGAGUACCUUCCAUCAUGAGUACCCUUAAAAGGAUGAGGUGGAGCACACACUGUUUCUCCAAUAGAAUGGAGCCCCUAGUGGAAUCUUACAGUGGUAGGUAUCGUGUAUAUCCACGACACCACUGCUGCUAACUAACCAGUAGUCCCCAGUCUCAAGAUGUCAGAUACCAGGAGAACACCAGCCGUGGAGGACUAGGACCCCUCUGCCCACCAUCAACUACCCUAUACAACUAUUGAGUUUGGACCGUCACCUGGCAACACACGUUGAAAAUGAUUUUGGAAAAAUUGUCAUUUUUUUUUAGUGCUACACUAUUCAGUAUUUAGGCUGAUUGCUUUAACUCUUCUGUUACUUACUAACACUUUAUGUGGACUGUAGAUCCCAACCACUGUCAGAUGAAAUGUAUUAUCCUUGAGCUUGAGUUGGGUUAUCAUGUAUUGAAUUUUUCUGCUUGCAAGCCUUUUUGUUAUUCAGCAUUGCUAAGCCGGGAAAACACAUCUGGUGGCUGUUUUGGGGUAGGGGUAAGAGAUGGAUUGUGGGUGGAUUGUCUGCAUCAACUAACAGGCAUUAAAGGUAACCUCAGCGAUAUGACGUAGAUGCAGAAUGUAAACAGCGUAGUGGGUCAAUUUCCGCAACAACUAAGCGUUAAAGCGAGAAGCUCAACUUCUCUGCUGUUUUGGUGCCGUGGCUACCACUACAACGUGAAGCGAUACUGUGUGAGAGCAAAGUGUUGCAUUUCGCUCAUCUCAAUAUCUCCGGUGCUGCUUGGGGCAAAGUCAUUUCGCUGAGUACCUUUUAAAGAGUUGUGCUAAUGUAAACUGAGCUACCACGCAGCUGACAGGAGGAGUUGUGAAAUAUGACUGAAGGGUAGACUAUGGGUGUUGUAUAGUGUGCUUUUAGGCAUUCAUGUAAUGUUUACGAUGUCUGAGGCAGUGUGUGUUUGUUUCUCCAUGGCCUGAACAGGCAUAAGGCAUAAUCAUAUUGGAGGAUAUCCUAACUUCCACUUAACUUAAUCAUCAUGCAUUGAAGUCAAUGGGAUUGUAGAGUGAAAGUUAGGAUUAGCCCCACAAUCACACUUUUUCAUCUGUUGUGCCUCAAACACUUCUGAUAGGACAAGGGAAGAAGCAUUUUCUAUAAUGUAGUUAAAAGGGAUCGUUUGCUUGGAUCUGCAGUGAUGACGUAGACCUGGAUUUUGGGAUCCAUCGCUGACAUUUAGACUGACAACUCAGUCAACAAACGUGGGAUUACACCAGGGGCGCGUUCAGCAGCUCACAAUGUGGAACAGAUAAAUAUGUUCCGCUAGAACUGUUUUGUAGAACAGACAUGCCUUUCUGACAUGUAAAAUAAGGAUUCAUGUCAGCUCUAUUCACUAUAUUUCUAUCAGCAAUGUUCCAUAACAUUUGCUUACUGAACCCGGUCUUCUGUUUGAUUGGAUAACGGAAUGCCAUAUUGUAUUAUUUUGUUUUUACGUAGCCAUCUGUCAUAAAUAACGUAUAUGCAUCUUAUUUUUAAAGCACUUGCCAUUUCUGUUCAUAUUUUGUAAACAUUGUAUUUCUUAAUGUCAGCAUUCACUUGUAUGAAAAAAGCAAAAACAAUUAUAUUACAGAUUCUACUAUUUGUUUUUGGCAGCUGUUAAUAAAUGUGUUUCUGGUA